AUGGUCAGUAACAGAACGACCCGGUUGGCGCUAGCCGCCUUACAGGCGGCGAGUGGCACAGCUUCUGCCCUUGCCAACACCACUAUCAUUAGUAACACGACUACAAACUCAUGCUCGGGCAAAACUUUCUCGUUCCCCCAGAACCAGUUGCUCGGCACAUCUGUUCUCGAUAUCACCGCGGUUCCCGUAUUUAAUUACACAGCCGUUUCUCUCGCUCCCGGAACUAGUGACGGUGGCUCUUACACCGUCAGUUUCUGCAACGUGACGGUUACCUACACGCACCCGGGAUGGAACGAUACGAUUCAUGCUACAGUCUGGUUACCCGCAAAGGAAUUAUGGAACGGCAGACUGGAAGCGCUGGGCGGCGGAGGUUAUAGCGGUAGCUUUGGUGAGCUGUACACCACGCAAGCUGUCGCCCAAGGCUACGUAUCUGUUGACACGGAUGCUGGGCAUGUGAAGGGGUCUAGUGUUUCACUGACCCCGGAAACAUGGGCCCUUUCCAGCCCUGGCAACGUUAACCUAUAUCUGCUUGAGGAUUGGGGCUCGCGUUCUUUACAUGAGAUGGCUGUUAUUGGAAAAGCCAUCACCCAAUUUUUCUACGGCACACAGCCGAGUUACUCAUACUUCAGCGGCUGUUCAGGUGGUGGUCGACAGGCUCUCAUGAUCGCGGAGAAAUAUGCUGACGAUUUUGACGGUAUACUAGCCGUUGCUCCGGCCAUCAACCUUGAAAACUUCAUCCCCGCCGGCUACUGGGCCGCGCACGUUAUGGAUAAUCUGGGUUACUAUCCGCCGGCUUGCGAAGUCGAAGCUUUCACCCAAGCUGCUAUCGAUGCAUGCGAUGAACUGGACGGCGUCCAGGACAGCAUUAUUUCGAUCCCGGAAUUGUGCAGCUUCGAUCCUCACACGGUCGUCGGCCAGAGCAUCAAUUGCAGUGGAACCCUGCUACAAUUGACCGAGGCAGGCGCCACCGUUGUCGAGGCAGCGUGGACCGGAGCACAGAGUGAGGAUGGCAAGCUUGGCUGGUGGGGGCUCAACAAGGACGCUUCGCUGACUAGCUACUACGCUGCCACAACCUGCACGGCUAACUUGACUUGCUCACCGGGCGCCGCGGGGCUCUUCAGCUCCUAUCUUACGUACUUCUCGGCGAAGGAUCCCGAUUAUGACCUUACAAACAUGACAGACGCCGAGUUCUUCUCCUUUCUGAAGCAAUCACAAGAUGAUUAUGACUCUAUCAUGGCCGCCGCCAACCCAGAUCUGUCUGCCUUCCGUGCCGCGGGUGGUAAAAUGAUCAGCUGGCAAGGUCUUGCCGAUGAGGCCAUCCCGCCAAACGGAACAGUCGCAUAUUACCAACAGGUGCUUGGUAUGUUCUCAGACGCGCAGUCCUUUAUGCGAGUCUUCCUGGCUCCCGGUGUUGGCCACUGCUACGGUGGUCUGGGUGCUAUUCCCAACACCGCUUUCGAUCAGCUCAUCUCCUGGGUGGAGGAUGGCGUGGCUCCAGAAACUCUUGCUGCAGUGGACGCAAGCGGCCACCCUCGGGAACUCUGCGCCUGGCCACUGCAACAAGUCUAUGUCGGUGGCAAUGUUUCCGAUUCUACCUCAUACAACUGCACCCCUACAACAUAUCCUUCUUUUGUGGACGAGUACCCCUUCUUCACUACAAACUGA